AUGCCGCCGCUCCUGACCCCGGAUGCGAUCAAUAACGUCCUCGCGGGCGCGGUGACGAGCCGUGAGGUGAAACCGCUCGUUCAGGUGUUCGAUAAGAAGCCGAUUAAGACGCGCGAGGGCGAACCGCGACGAUUCCGUUUGUUGGUCUCCGAUGGCUCGUUCGCGGGACAAGCGCUCGUCGCGGGGGAGUUGAACGACAUGUGCGCGCGAGAGGAAAUUUCAAAGUUUACGAUUUUACGCUUGGAUGAGUACACGGUGCAGGUGGUGAAUGAUAAGACGAUCAUGGUCGUCAUCGAGGCGGAAGUGGUGGAGAAGUACGAUAAAGUGAUCGGUCAACCGCGGGUGUGGCAGCCACAGGAAGCCCAAAACGGCUCGAGUCACGGCGCGCCGGCGCAGCGAAACGCGUACGGUAGUGCGCCAGCACCGAUGGUGCAAGGAUAUUCGGGAGGAACAAACGGCUCCGGGUUGGCUGCGCCGCAACAGCGCACGGGCGGCGGCGGAUACGGCGGUGGCGCUCCGGCCGCGACGGGGCAGUAUCGGCAGAGCGGCGCGGUGGCGCGAAACGAGGCGCCCUCGCAGAUUCGAACGCUCAACGAGCUCAAUCCGUACCAGAAUCGAUGGACCGUGCGCGCACGAAUCACCGGGCGACUGGAGUUGCGGUCUUACAGCAAUACAAAGGGUGACGGCAAGGUGCUCGGUUUUGAAAUCCUCGAUGCUGAGGGCACGGAGAUGAAGUGCGUCGGCUUCGGUGACGCCGCGGUUCGCUUCUCGAACGAAUUGCACCACGGUCGAGUUUACGAGAUUUCAAAGGCUUCGAUCUCGGCAUCGCGAAACCCGAAGUACGCGAUUCAUCAGUACGAGAUGAAGUUUGAUCAGAAUACUGUCUUCGUGGAGUGCCCGGACGCGGAGCGAUCGAUCGAAAAGGUCAGGUACAAGUUCAAGAAGGUGGCCGACCUCGCCACGGCGAUGCCGGGCGAGAUGGCUGACGUCAUUGGUAUCGCUUACCACGUCGGAGAAUUGGCCACGAUUAUGAAACGUGACGGCGGCGAAACGACAAAGCGUUCGGUGAUGAUUCGUGACAACUCAGACGCAGCUAUCGAGUUCACGCUCUGGGAUCCGCACUCGGUCGAACUAGGCGGUCAGAUUGAAAGUUUGAUUGCAAGUGGUGAGAAGCCAGUGAUCGCCGUGAAGAAUGCGCGCGUGGGUGAGUUUCAAGGCAAGAAUAUGGGUACUGUCGGCAGCACGUCUGUUGAAAUCAACCCUGAUCGCGAAGAAGCGACGGAAAUGCGCAUCUGGUUCGAUCAAGGUGGUGCCGACGCGCAGUUUACCAGCUUAAGCGGCACCGGCGGCGGAGAAGGCAGUGGUCGAUCGGGCGGUAAUGUACUCUCCAUCGGACGAAUUGUGCAGCUCGGCGACGAAUUAAUGGCACAAGGCGAAGGCGCCGUCGCGUAUGUCAACACCUGCGCCAUGAUCAAGCACAUCAAACCAGGCCAAGAGGGUCCGUUUUACGCGUCUUGUCCCCUCAUGAACGGCGAGCGACAGUGCAUGAAGAAGUUACGAACGGUGGAUGACACGGGUGUAUGGUCGUGUGAGCGUCACAGCGGCGAACAUAUCGAAGCCGCGGAUUGGCGCUACAUGUUCUCCUGCGUCAUCGCGGAUCACAGCGCUGAGCAGUGGGUAACCGUCUUCGGCUCCGAGGGAGAAAAGGUCAUGUCGGGAAUGACGGCUGGUGAAAUGAGACGCAUGUUCGACGAGCAGCCGGAUGAGUUUGAAAAGUUUCUCGUGGGUCGCCACUUCAACAUGUACCAGCUGCGUUUGAAGGUUGCCGUUGACACGUAUGGUGACAUGCCGCGCAUUAAAUGUACCUUGGCCGAAAUUUCGCCGAUCAACUUCGCUGCGGCUAAUAAGAAGCUGCUUGAAAAGAUUGCCAAGCUCGAAUUGGGUGAAGACCCCGAGUUAUACGAAGCGCCGACGAAGAAGCGUCCGUCAACAUCCUACACCGAGGCUCAAGAGAACAAGAUGCCGAGUUGGAAUCAAGCCGGGGGUGAGCGCGCUGGUAACUGUUAUAAGUGUGGUCAAACCGGACACUUCGCGAUGAACUGUCCAAGCGCUGGUGGCGGGGCUGGCAACGGUGGUUACAACCAAGGCGGCGGCGGCGGCGGCGGCGGCAUUGACAAGUCAAACUCCACGUGCCGAGCCUGCGGUGGCACUGGGCACUGGGCACGUGACUGUCCAAACAAGAGCUACAUGGGCAACGGCGGCGGCAACGGCAACGGCGGCUACAACCAAUUUUCUGCGCAAGGAAAUGGCGGUUACGGCGGCGGUGGUUACGGCGGUGGCAGCUACGGCGGCGGCGGUUACGGCGGUGGCGGUGGCGGUUACAGCGGUUACGGAAAUGGCGGUGGUGGCGGAAACUGGCAGCAAUAA